UGUCGUAAAAAAAAUAUCGGUGAGGAGACUGUCGUGAAGCGCGGUCGGCGGGGCCUGCGGCGGAGAGAGCGGCCGGGCCCAGCUCCCCGCGCUCCAUGCCCCGGCCGCUGGCGGCCGCUGCCCCCUCCUGCUCCAUGUGGGGCCCGCGACGGGCUCUCGGCCUCUCCUCCGCCUCUUUCUUCUCCUCCUUCUUCUACUAUGGCCCGGAAAACAGUUAGCAGGAAGCGGAAAGCGGCGGCGGGUGCCGCCGGGGGGCUUCAGGGGGAGCAGUAUGGGUGGGAUCACUCAGUUCACAAAAGGAAAAGACUCCCCCCAGUGAAAAGAUCUCUGGUAUACUACCUGAAAGGUAGAGAGGUCAGGAUGCAGAAUGAGUCCAGCUAUCACCACCUCUUGCAUGGAUAUGCAGCCCAGCAGCUUCCCAGCCUCCUGAAGGAAAGAGAAUUUCACCUCGGAACCCUUAAUAAAGUGUUUGCCUCCCAGUGGCUGAACCACCGACAAGUGGUGUGUGGGACAAAAUGCAACACACUAUUUGUAGUGGAUGUCCAGACUGGCCAGAUCACCAAGAUUCCUAUUCUGAAAGAUCGUGAACCCGGCAUGGUAAACCAGCAGGGUUGUGGUAUUCAUGCCAUUGAGCUCAACCCCUCAAGGACCCUUCUGGCCACAGGUGGAGACAACCCCAACAGUCUUGCAAUUUAUCGUCUGCCUACACUCGAUCCUGUCUGUGUGGGAGAUGAUGGACAUAAGGAUUGGAUAUUUUCAAUUGCAUGGAUCAGUGAUACUAUGGCUGUUUCUGGUUCCCGGGAUGGUUCGAUGGGUCUUUGGGAAGUCACAGAGGAUGUGUUGUCGAAAAGCGAUGCCAGGCAUAAUCUCUCUCAAGUUCCUGUCUAUGCCCACAUAACACACAGGGCUCUGAAGGACAUCCCCAAGGAAAACACCAAUCCUGACAACUGCAAAGUCCGAGCAUUGGCUUUCAACAAUAAGAACAAGGAGCUGGGAGCAGUGUCCCUAGAUGGGUAUUUUCAUCUUUGGAAAGCAGAGCACACACUAUCAAAGUUACUUUCCACAAAGUUGCCAUACUGCAGGGAGAAUGUGUGUUUGGCUUAUGGUCAGGAGUGGUCGGUGUAUGCAGUAGGAUCACAGGCGCAUGUCUCCUUUCUGGAUCCCAGGCAGCCUUCUCACAACGUCAAAUCCGUCUGUUCCAAAGAACGAGGCAGUGGUAUUCGAUCGGUGAGUUUCUACGAGCACAUCAUCACAGUGGGAACAGGGCAAGGUUCCCUGUUGUUUUACGAUAUCAGAGCCCAGAGAUUCCUGGAUGAAAAGCCCCCACGUGCCUGCUAUGGACAGAAGCAGAAAUUUGGAGGAAGUGAAAUUUUGAAGUUGACUACUGGGAAAGGCUGGCUGAAUCAUGAUGAAACCUGGAGGAAUUAUUUUUCUGAUAUAAAUUUCUUCCCAAAUGCUGUUUACACCCACUGCUACGACUCGUCUGGAACAAAACUCUUUGUGGCAGGAGGCCCCCUUCCAUCAGGACUUCAUGGGAAUUAUGCUGGUCUCUGGAGCUAAUGAUAACUCUUUAUAAAUGCUGAUCUCUACACAGAUUUCCACUUUUCUUUUCCUUUUUUUAACAACAGAAUUGUGUGAUACCAUUGAUUUCUGAUUUCAAUACAAGUCAUUUUUUGGCAGA